AUGCCGGUGCAUUACACCCUGAAUCUGCGCGUCUUCUGGCCCCUGGUGACCGGCCUGUGCACCGCCAUCGUGUGCCUCUAUCAUGCCCUGCGGGGAAGUGGGGGCACUCCAGCUGAGCCCCCCGACGGCACAGACUGCGGCUUCCCGCUGCUCAAAGCGGCCGCCCUGCUGCUCCUGGGCUAUGUGCUCUUUCGCUACCGCCACACUGUCCGCCAGCGGUUCCUUCCCCGGCCCCCACGCUUGGGGGACCACCCCACCAUGUCUCCACGGCCCUUUGGAGAGCCUGGCCUUGGCAUCUUGCUGGAGAGUUACUACGAGCACGAGGUGCGCCUGUCGCCGCACGUGCUGGGUCACAGCAAGGCGCACGUAAGCCGGAUCGUGGGGGAACUGGUGCGGGCUGGCCGGGCCCGAUCAUCUCCAGGCCCCAUCCUUGGUGGGACUUUGGCCUUGGGCUUCCGCGGAGACUUCAUACAAGUGGGCAGUGCCUACGAGCAGCAUAAAAUCCGCCGACCCGACGGCUUCGAUGUGCUGGUGCCUCUGCGCCUUCCGCCACUGGUGGCGCUGGAGCCGCGGAGCCUGGGCGCGGAGCCCACGCUGGCCCCUGGUCUGCGCAGCUGCUUCUUGUGCGCGCUCAAGGCACCGCCCACGUCAUCCGGGGUCUCCUCGGGUAACUGGCUCCGGGACUGCAAACCUUUCGCCGACGGUUUCUGCGUGGACGUGCGCGGUCGGCGUCACCUCUCCGCCACGCUGGUGCUGCGCUGGUUUCAGUCGCACCUACAGCGCUGUCUGGCCACUGUCCGCUACAGCCUGGAGGAGCGCUGCCGCGUCAGCCUGACCCCGGGAGGACCGGAGCAGCCGCCCACCUUGCACAUCCUGCCCUGCCGCACCGACUACGGCUGCUGCCGCCUUUCCAUGGCCGUGCGUCUCAUCCCUGCCGUCCAUCUUGGCGACGGCGCCUUCCUCGUGGCGCCACCACCGCCCCCGGCUCGCGCUGGGCCGCUGUCGGAGCUUCCAGGAGGUUUACGCCCGGAGGCGCUGUGGGGAGUGAACACUGCGCGCCAGGAGCAGAAGCUGCUGAGCUGGCUGCAGGAAUGGGCCCCUCCAGGUGCCUGCUACCUCAAGUGCCUGCAGUUGCUUAAGGCCCUUAGAGACCUAGGUGCCCGAGGACUGGACUCUGGGGCUGCCCAGCAUUGGGGGAGCAUUCUGUCCUCCUACGUGCUCAAGUCAGCGCUGCUGGCGGUGCUGCUGCACGAGGGGCCAGCCGCCCAGGACUGGGAUGAGAUGCACCUGAGUGAGCGCCUGGAGGAGAUGGUGCAGUUUCUUGCGGAUUGCCUGCUGCAACGUCGUGCGCUCUUCCAUUGCGUCCUUGGCCCCGGUGGGGCGUCUCCUGAGGUGGGCCCCCUGCCCAAGGUGCUGCGUGAAGCCCCUUCAAUCGACCUCCUGGCAGCUUUCGACCAGCGCGUCCGGGAUCUCACAGCUGCGCGGUUGCUGUCCACGUGGCGAAGGCUGCCUCAGCUUCUCCGGGCCUAUGGGGGUCCUCGCUACCUUGCCAGGUGCCUCCCACCCCGGAGUCAGCGCACCCAGGAGUUCCCGGAAUACGAACUGUAA